CAUUGCUGGAGGAGGAGUGGAGUGGCUGAGACUCUGCCCUCCUCUCAGCUCUCACUUUCCCUGCUGCAGCUCUGAGGAAAUGACUGGCUGGAUGGCUCUGAGGGCACUGUGACACACUGCGACGCCACUGCCAAAGCAGUCACCUGGUGUUAUUCUUAGCUCCACUGUCAUGCUGAUUACAUGGUGGUACUUAUACCUGGGGGCUCAGAACAUCUACAGACAAGUGUUGAACAUGGCAUCGGUGCUACAGAAGCUCCUCACCCCCCUGUUCAGUGGCCCCGCCGAGCCACCAAGGAACAAAGUGACAGUUGUAGGAGUGGGUCAAGUUGGCAUGGCCUGUGCUGUCAGCAUCUUGCUACGGGAGCUUGCUGAUGAGCUAGCUCUGGUUGAUGUGAUGGAGGAUAAGCUGAAAGGAGAGAUGCUGGACCUGCAGCAUGGAAGCCUGUUCCUCAAAACUCCUAAAAUUGUCUCGGGCAAAGACUACUCAGUGACAGCAAACUCUCGCAUCGUGGUGGUGACAGCAGGUGUGCGUCAACAGGAAGGUGAGAGCAGACUCAAUCUGGUGCAGAGAAACGUCAACAUCUUCAAACAUAUCAUCCCUCAGAUUGUGCGAUACAGCCCCAACUGCAUCCUCAUUGUGGUGUCCAACCCAGUGGAUAUUUUGACGUACGUGACCUGGAAACUGAGCAGGCUCCCCAAACACCGUGUGAUUGGCAGUGGCACUAACCUGGACUCGGCCCGCUUUCGCUACCUCAUGGCAGAACGUCUGGGCAUCCAUCCCACUAGCUUCAAUGGCUGGAUCUUGGGAGAGCAUGGUGACUCUAGUGUUCCUGUUUGGAGCGGCACGAACGUAGCAGGAGUCAGCCUGCAGAAACUGAACCCAGACAUCGGCAAAGAAAAUGACCGGGAGAACUGGAAGGAGACUCACAGGAUGGUAGUUAAUAGUGCCUAUGAGGUGAUCAGACUGAAAGGCUACACUAACUGGGCUAUUGGACUGAGCGUAGCCGACCUGACAGAAAGCCUUAUUAAAAAUCUCAACAGAAUCCACCCGGUCUCUACAAUGGUGAAGGGCAUGUAUGGGAUCAGUGAUGAGGUAUACCUCAGCCUGCCAUGUGUGCUGAACAGCGGUGGUGUGAGCAGCGUGAUCAACAUGACUUUGAAUCAGGAUGAAGUGUCUCAGCUGAAGGACAGCGCUGACACGCUGUGGAACAUUCAGAAGGACCUGAAAGAUCUGUAACACACUUCAGACAGAGCGCACUUAUUCACAUCACCACAUCAGACCAGCACCUGUAGUCGUAAAGUAGCUUUAGGAAGGAGUACUGAUCCAGUCUUCUCCUCCUUCAUUCAUAAUACUGCUAUUAAUGCAGCACUUUUAUCUUUAAUGACUUAAGAAAUGUAUAACACUGGCUGCUAUGCGAGAUCAAGCUAAACUUUUAAGCUCAGUUGUGUGCAAUUUUGCUUCUGUGCAACAAUGUAUCUGAAAUGAAGAAUGUAGGUUUUUACAAAAAUGUCAUUAAUUAUUUUUAAAUGUGAUUUUUAAAUUAAUUUUUUUCAUGACAUAUUAAAAGAAAUAAAGUUUAAAAUAAAAGUUUAUUCCAAGUGCCAAUUUUGCAUUUGGAAGCUGUUCAUUGGAACUCUCAGUAUGAGGUUCAAACACGAUGUCAUGAUGCUACAAGUUGAGGAGAAAAAUCAUUUCAGAGAAAAAUAAUUUGAUGUACAGACGCAAAUUUACACAAAUUGUGUCACUAUCUGAAUAUUUAAGGACCUGACUGUAUGUACAAAGACACUUUGCAUCCAUGUUUUGAUUAAGACAUGACUGAAGUUCAAAAAUAAAGACUUGAAAUAAACUGAA